AUGAGUUUCCGGUACAAAGAGAACGACCCACUGGUGCUCAAGGACGUGAAUGUGCACAUUCAAUCCGGUGAAAAGGUCGGCAUUGUGGGGCGGACGGGAGCUGGCAAGAGCAGCCUGACCAUGGCGCUGUUCCGCAUCAACGAACUGGCUGGAGGCAGCAUCAAGAUCGACGGUGUCGACAUCUCCCGCGUCGGUGUGAAGACGCUGCGCAGUAGCAUUGCUAUUAUUCCUCAGACUCCCGUGCUGUUUAAAGGCCCGCUGCGCAACUACUUGGACCCGUUUGGAGAGUUUGGUGAUGCCGACUUGUGGGGGUGCUUGGACAAGGUGCGUCUGGCUGAUCGCAUCGGAGGUGUGGAGGGCAAGUUGGACAGUCCCGUGGAAGAAAACGGAGAGAAUUUUAGCGUGGGGGAGCGGCAGAUGUUGUGCAUGGCGCGGGCACUGCUCCGCCAAGCGCGCAUCGUCGUGAUGGACGAAGCCACGGCGGCCAUCGACCACGAGACGGACCAGAACUUGCAGCGCGUGAUCCGCACCGAGUUUGCGUCGUCGACGGUGCUCACGAUCGCCCAUCGUCUGGACACGGUGCUGGACGCCGACCGCAUUAUUGUGUUUGACCAAGGCCGAUUGGCCCAAUGCGACAUCCCCGCGGCGUUGAUCGACGCUGGCGCCGGUAUCUUCUUUGAAUUGUGUCACGAGGGCGGGUACUUGGACAAAGUCGUCAGUAGCCAAUCAGUAGAGUAA